UGACGAGCGACAAAUCCUCCAAUCCCUCACUUAUCUCCCAAAUAUUCUCCUCUUUCCUCUUCAACGUCCAAUCCCUAACCCCCUCCCCCUCUCUCUCGGAUUUUUUCUCCGAUCUUCUUCGGCGAUCGUCUCUCUGAGGUAUUCAAGAGGAUUCAGUUGUUGGCAAUGGCGGCUACCUUCAGAGCAUUUUUGAACAGUCCUGUUGGUCCCAAGACAUCUCACUUUUGGGGACCUGUUGCCAACUGGGGGUUCGUUGUUGCUGGGUUAGUGGAUAUGAAAAAACCCCCAGAAAUGAUUUCUGGAAAUAUGACAGGAGCUAUGUGUGUGUAUUCAGCAUUGUUCAUGAGGUUUGCAUGGAUGGUACAGCCUCGUAACUAUCUACUUCUAGCAUGCCAUGCUUCAAACGAGACUGUGCAGCUCUAUCAACUCUCUCGGUGGGCAAGGGGUCAGGGGUACUUGUCACCGGAGAAAAAGGAGGAAGCUAAAUCUCAGUAACUUGAUGCAAGUGCUUUUACUGCCCCGUUUCCAGUUGUUUUUAUUGUGAUUUCUGCAGAAAAAUCAUGGAAUUUGUUAUUUACAAUCCUUUGGAUCAACUUUCAUCUGAGCUCAACACGUAUAAUAAUGCAGCAUCUUGUUUCUCUUCAUUGGUUUUUACCCCACAAGCCGUGGUGUAGAUUUGUCCUGUUGUCUAUGAUGCACUGGUUGGGAGGGAUAAUAAAAUCACGUUCACAAAUCAUUUACAAGUGCUAAACCGUUAAUUAGCAAGGUUAUCUCACUCUGGAUCUAUGUAGUUCCAGCAAUUGAACAUUUUGAAAGAUUUUAA